UCUUUGGGCGUCACAUUGUACGACAGUACCAGUGUCUUUACGGAAGCCGUUUACCAUAACAUCAAACAACAUGGCAGAUGCGAUGCAGUGUCCUGGCCCUGCUGCUGAGGUUUUAAUGGCAGACCAGGAGGGCUCCGCCGCGGGGAAAGAGAGCGGGACAUCGGGAGCUGCUGCCCGGGACAAACCCGUGUGUCUGAUCGUGCUGGGGAUGGCGGGGUCCGGGAAAACUACCUUCGUUCAGAGGCUGACGGCUCACCUUCACUCUCUGAAAGCUCCUCCAUAUGUCAUCAACUUGGACCCCGCUGUCCACGAAGUCCCCUUCCCUGCAAACAUCGACAUCAGGGACACCGUGAACUACAAGGAGGUGAUGAAGCAGUACGGCCUCGGACCAAACGGAGGCAUCGUGACUUCACUCAACCUGUUUGCUACGCGCUUUGACCAGGUGAUGCAGUUCAUAGAGAAGAAGCAGCAGAAUCACCGGUAUGUGCUGAUCGACACCCCGGGUCAGAUUGAAGUCUUCACCUGGUCGGCGUCUGGAACCAUCAUCACAGAGGCUCUGGCGUCGUCCUUCCCCUGUGUGGUGAUCUACGUGAUGGACACAUCCCGCAGCGUCAGCCCCGUCACCUUCAUGUCCAACAUGCUGUACGCCUGCAGCAUUCUCUACAAGACCAAGCUGCCUUUCAUCGUCGUCAUGAACAAGACUGACAUCAUUGACCACAGCUUCGCCGUGGAGUGGAUGCAGGACUUUGAGGUUUUCCAGGAUGCUCUGAACCAGGAAACCUCGUAUGUGAGCAACCUGACACGCUCCAUGAGUCUGGUGCUGGAUGAGUUUUACACCAACCUGAGGGUGGUGGGAGUGUCCGCAGUGACAGGAAGUGGUUUGGAUGAGCUGUUCGUUCAGGUGGAGGAUGCCGCCCAGGAGUACGAGAGGGACUAUCGGCCUGAAUAUGAACGGCUCCGCAAACAGCUGGCAGAGGCUCAGAGCAAGAAGCAGCAGCAGCAGCUGGAGCGACUCAGAAAGGACCUGGGAGCCGUCGACUUGACGACCACACCUUCGACAGAGGACGCCAACAUCGCUGGGCCUAGUGACCUCAUCAUGACACGUGGUAACCUGGACGAAGAGGAGGAGGAGGAGGAAGUGGACAGCGACACAGACGACAUCGACCACAGCGCAACGGAGGAGAGCAAGGAGGCAGACUCCUUUGAAAACUUCAUGAAGGAGAGGAAGGAAGUGGUUCAAGUCCGAAACAGGAAGCAUGCAGUGCCCGAGGGACCCUGACCUCUGCCCUCUGCCAGGGAUGACAGACAGUGACAUAAUGUCGGUGAGAGAACCACAGAGAGAUUUCCCUGUGAGGUGCAGACUGUUACUUGGAACAGAUGUGUACAGAGGAUUUCCAUCACUGACCCUGUGACCUCACUCCCUCGGUGAAGCUGACUGGCUGCUCCUUAGUGUCGCUCAUUCCCUAAACGAAGGAGUUCUAUUUUUACAUCGGGAAAGAUUCUUCUGUCCUGCUUUUCUUGCGUUUUUUAUUACUGUUGACUAUUGUUUGUGAAGGCACUGAAAGGAUUUAUGAUCUGCUAAAUAAAAGUGAGCUUUUAGUUUGAAAGGUUUUAAUUUUGACUGAUGUUUGUGCCACGUUCGAACCACGAGACUCCAGAACAGCUUUGGUGCAUCUUGACUCUACUGGAGGGAGGUUUUCUUCCAAAGCAAGUGUCCUGAGUUGAUCCUCAUGAUCAGUGGGGGGUUUGCAGUAGUGGGAAUUAGUGUGUGUGAAGGUGAAAACAGGUUGGACUUUCCACAAACAAGCCUUCAAAGUAUCCCAAAGUCUUGCAGAUGUUAAAUUCUGUGUAUGUUAAAUUCUAUAUGUAAACUGUAAAAUUCAUAUGUGGAAGAUAAAUAAAUAGGUU